GCGAUAGGCAGGGGUGCUAUUCCGUCAUGUGAUUCUGCUUUAUUCCUUCGAAGUUGAAAGGCAAGCAAGUCAGUGCGGGGUUAGCCUUCCUCAAUCUUGGUUGCUGGAGAACUAGCUAGAUGCGGUGACUUUCUUCUCGAUUUCUUACUCGUGAUUUUUCUUCAACUUUUUAAGAUGGCCGGGGCAAUUAUUGAAAACAUGAGCACCAAAAAGUUGGUGAUCGUAGGAGUGAUUCUGCUUUUAUUCCAAGCGUUUUCUUUUAUGGUCGGAGGCUUGAUUGCUCCCAGCCCCACCACAGCAGUCCACUACCUGGCUACCAAAUGUGUGGACACGGUCAAACACCAUCAGAGCACCAAAUGGUUCAUGCCCUGGGGCCCUAACCAGUGUGACAAGAUCCGGGACUUUGAUGAGGCCAUGGCCAAGAAGAUCGAGGCAAACAACAUUGUAUUUGCCGUCCAUAUCCCCCUGCCCAACAAAGAGAUGAGCCCCUGGUUCCAGUUUAUGCUGGUCAUCCUACAGUUUGACAUUGCCUUCAAGAUGUACAACCAGAUAGAGGAUGGAGCACUGGCCACCAUCGACGUGGGUUUGGCCUACAGAGAUGACACGCUCAGUGAGUGGACAGAGAUGGCCCACUCCAUAGAACAGAGGAAGCUCAGCUGCAACUUCACCACCACCAAGACGUAUGAGAACGAGGGGCGCUACUAUGAGUGUGACCUGCUGCCCUUCAUGGAGCUGGGCAACGUGGCCCACAAGUACUACCUGCUCAACAUCCGCCUGCCUGUCAGCGAACGCAAGAAGAUCAACAUGGGCAUCGGUGAGAUCAAGGACAUCCGUCUGGUGGGUAUCCAUCAGAAUGGCGGGUUCACCAAGGUGUGGUUCGCCAUGAAGACCUUCCUCACACCCAGCAUCCUCAUCAUCAUGGUGUGGUACUGGAGACGCAUCACCCUGAUGACACGACCCCCUGUGCUGUUGGAAAAGGUGAUCUUUGCCCUGGGCUUGUGCAUGACCUUCAUCAACAUCCCGGUGGAGUGGUUCUCUGUGGGCUUCAACUGGACCUGGAUGCUGCUGUUCGGGGACAUCCGGCAGGGCAUCUUCUACGCCAUGCUGCUCUCCUUCUGGAUCAUCUUCUGUGGAGAGCACCUCAUGGACCAGACGGAGAGGAACCAUUUCUCAAUCUACUGGAAGCAGGUGGGACCCAUUGUCUUCGGCUCCUUCUGCCUGUUUAUCUUCGACAUGUGUGAGAGGGGAGUCCAAUUGAAGAACCCUUUCUACAGUAUUUGGGCUUCCGACGUGGGGACUGAGUUGGCUAUGGCGUUCAUCAUUGUGGCGGGGAUCUGUGCCUGUCUCUACUUCCUCUUCCUGUGCUUCAUGGUCUUCCAAGUGUUCCGCAACAUCAGUGGGAAGAGGUCCUCCCUGCCCGCCAUGUCCAAGGCCAGACGCCUGCACUAUGAGGGCCUUAUCUUCCGGUUCAAGUUCCUCAUGUUGGUCACUCUGACCUGCGCUGCCAUGACUGUCAUCUUCUUCAUCAUCAGUCAGGUGAAUGAGGGCCACUGGCACUGGGGAGACUACACGGUGCAGGUGAACAGUGCCUUCUUCACGGGAAUCUACGGCAUGUGGAACCUCUACGUGUUCGCCAUCAUGUUCCUGUAUGCUCCCUCACACAAACGCUACGGAGACGAGCAGUGCAGUGGAGAUGCAGGAGCCAGUGGCGAGGACAUCCAGCUGACCACCACCAUCACCCACGUGGACGGACCCACCGAGAUCUACAAGAUGACGGGCAAGGAGGCCCAAGAGUAGACCCCCCCACCCCCCUUGACAUCAAACCACCUACAACACCCCUCCCUCAAACCUGUACGGUGCUUCCUUUAGCCCUACCCUACUACCCAUGUGCCCCACAUUGUCCCAGAAGUUCAAAGCAACUUUCUCUGUAGCUCUUUUAGUCCUUUCAUUUCAUUGCAGACAUGGGGCCAGAUUGUAUAUUCAUUUCUGACAUUUGACAUAGUCUGUUAACUCUGUUUGUAAUGUUGUUGAACAACUGUACUCUUAUGAAGUCCAGGUUGUGAAAAUCUGCUUUGCGAUGGAGUGGAAGGAUGUAGAACAGCAUCUGCUGGUCAUGAGGUAGUUGAGGAGGGAACAAAACACUCCAGGUAGAUGUUGUCUUCACAAAUCUAGGAUCAGCAUACCAUCCCUCAAAUCCUAAACCAAACCAUUAGGGGUAAAGUGCAAAUCUGAAAUUAGAUCAGUGUCCAGUGGCAACGACAUCCAACUACAGGAAAAACAUUGGGCUUUCAAGGCAUUAUAUUGUGGUGUAACUGGUUGCCUCACUGAAGACAACAUUACUUGGUUCUUUAGAGAGAACUACAUUUGGAUGACUGCUGUUUUUGGCACUGCCUCUGCAGUUUUAGAUUGAAACAACCAGUAGGACAAAUAAGUGUAUGUCAAUGGUACAAGGUCCAAGAUGACCACUUUCUGAAGAUCUGUCAAAAGAAAGCAUAUCUCUGCACGUUGUCAGUCAUAUCUUUGUCUUUUUUGUCACUUCUGUCCGCACUCACGUUCAGCUGUACACAUCCAUGGAACUUUCUAGAGACUACUGUGUUCUCUUGUCUAUCACUCUCCCAAGUGGGGGGGAUAAUACCUUUUUGUAUUGUGGGGGAAAAAAGGACAAACCACAGGGCCGUUUUGGGAAACACCAAGUUCAUUAUGUUACGAUGUAGAUAUAUAUAUUUUAUAAAGUGCUUAUUUUCAACUGUAUGAAAGAUUUGCAUAUGCUGUAUCACUUACUGUCUGUUGGCAAAAAUAAUAAUAAUUGAGAUUUGAAGAUGACUAUGACGUGGUAGUGUAGUAUUGUGCUUUUUAUGCUAAAUUAAAUCAAAUGUUUACUUUA